GAUCGGGCCGCGAGGAAAAGCGCGCGCGACCGCGGACCGCGCCGCGUCGCCCGGUCGGCCGUCGAGUCAGCCCGCGGGGUUUGCACAAUACACAAAGUCGGCGACGUCGAAUGCGCGCCGUCCCGUCGACGAGGAUGAAGGGCUGCUUCACGCGCAACGAGGACGGCAAGGUCGCCGUGGACGAGAACGGGUUUGUCACGAUCACAUGCGAAGAGGAGGCCGUGGUCUUUCAACUUCACAUAUCGGAGAUCGACGAGAAGGCGGAGCAGAUGUGCUUCAAUGUCAACGGCAAGGAUAUAUAUAUCGACAUAGUCCCGUCGGAGAUCGGGCCUGAGAACGACUCCGAGAGCGAGGUACCGCUGGCGGAGAGGUGCAAGGAGGAAAAGGUCGGCACGCCGGCGACGAGCAAGGGCGGCAAUGUCGUUUUCCCGUGGUGCGACGCCUCGACGAAGAUCUUCCUGAAGGAGUACAAGGCGAAGAAGGAGCUGGUGAGGGCGCGGAAGCUGAAGAACAUGAAGAGGGCGUACCAGGAGAUAGCCAAGAACCUGGGGGAGAACGGCUUCAAGGUGUCGCCCCUGCAGGUGGAGAACAGAUACAAGACCCUCAAGCGCGCCUACAAGAACAUGAUGAUACACAACCGGAGGAACGGGAGGGGAAAAUAUAUCUGCAGUUACGAGGAAGAUCUGGAUGAAAUCUUCUCCAAUGAUGUGUACGACACGGAGAUAAAUAACGGCGACGAAAGCAUGUCAGACCCAAGGGCAGCAUCCACGCCGAUGGCCACCUCAAGAACGAGCGUGUGCAAUAGCGAUUCGACUUAUUUAAAGACCGCUCAGCACAAUGCCAGAUUGGAGGCUCAGAACGUGAAGAUAAUUGAUAAUCUGCAGAGCUGUCAGCGUUUAUUGAGGAACCUGAUCAGCCGGAUGGACACCAAGGGCAAAAAUUCCAAUUACAUGCAAAACGGAGUCCUGCAGGUGUGCAUGGAGAUGCGGGACAUGCAGAAGGAGGCGUACGGGCGCGCGGAGGAGCAGAGGGAGAAGGCCCGGGAGCAGAGGGAGCUGAGGAAUAACUUGCUGGAGGAGAUCGUGACGAUUCUCAGGUCCAGGAAGGACACGUAAUACGAUCGACGUCAGGGCCAGCGCAGGACGAUUGUUCGCAUCCUCAAAUAGUUACGAGAUGACAGAAUUUAUUUAUUCUUUUAAAUGCAAAAAAAGAGAGAGAUAAUUUUCUUGUUGUGUAUUUUUAUAAUUUCGUCGCACGACUAACACACGUUGCCUGCCCGGUGAGUGGUUUGUCCCGUGUCGCGAAUCAGAAUCUUACGAUACAGAAGUUUUCAUAAAACGCAUGUGUGGUUCCAUUACAAACACAUUAUUGUACAAUACGAUUACGCAGAGCUAUCACGAUCGGGCUAAUGUGUCGAAUACUUUUUUUUUACUGUACAUUGUUGCUGUAUUAUACAUGUCACUUGAGAUUUUAUAUAUCAGUUGGCUUUUAUCUUUUUUACAAGAGUUUUAAAAAGUUUCGCCGUUGGAACGCAUCCACUGGAUAAAGUCACGACGUCAAUCACGGAGAACAGACGGACUGCUGCUACCCACCACACAUGGCAGUUAACGUGUUGUCUAGCAAUUCCAACAAAUAGGCAGGCAAAAACAAAUAUUCAUACACAUUGAAGUAAGAUGUUUACAUUUAAUGUGAAUAAUAUACAACCAUCUGCAAACCUGAGGUAUACAUGACGGUCGGGUUUUAAACUGCACCGACCACUACGAACUAAUCGUUUUUUCAUCCCUAAUUUAAGUUGCUUUACCGUAAAAUUUAAAAUUAGAUAAAAAUAAUAUAGUUAAAAGUUGAAUAAUCAAAUUAAUAAGGUUAUACGAUUGAAAAGAGAUAAAAGUUCUACGACAAAUCCAAGUUACCUUUUGUGAUUCUGUAUAUUAAUAUCAAAAAUAAAUUAAUAUUUCUGAUAUUGUUCGAAGUAUACCAA